UGCAUGGAGAAACUGCUUUUAAUUCAGAUGGCUGCAGGAGAUUUGCAACAUCUGUUAAUUAUAAAGUAAUAUCCAACCUGCAACUACAGCUGCUAUAAUGAGCAUGACCACUGCACAGCCCUGCAGCAGACAGACCCACUUCUGCUGUGCCUUUUACUCUCUAUCUUUCUACUAAAGUUUGGAAUGCUCCAAUGCCUUUGCUUUUCAGAGCAUGCUCUAUAUUCCUAGUCUUUGCCUACUAAUUGAAAUGAGCCUCUUCUUUUCUGCUUGCAUAUGUUCUCUGAUCUCCUGCACAUCAUCUGCCUGGGAUAUCUGGGAUGAGUGAAACAAUAGUGGACUAAUACGGUAUGAUUUUUUUUAUUUAAUCCUGGACUACAAGUUUGUUUGUUUUUUCUUGAAAACUUUGGAUUAAUGAUGGGAAUAAUAUACAGUUUCUGGGAGACACAUUAAUAAAGCAAAAGCAAGAAUGGAUUACCAGUUUGUCAUCCAAACGCAGCCUCAGAACCAAUGGCAGCUGGGAAGAUAAUGCAAGAAAUUAACAUUAUUCUUCAAAGAACACGCAGACUGUGCUUCUAGGUCCUACAUUAUAUGGUCCUCAUUUUGCUGCGUCUGAGAAGAAUUGUAGAGAACAAUGGGAAACUAUGUCCUAGUAGCAUGCCUUUCUGUAUUUACAAUGGUGACAAUUUUAAGUAACGCUGACAGUAAAAAGAGCAAUACUUUCCUCACAGAAUCGGAUCCUGACCGAUGCAUGAGGCAUCACUAUGUAGAUUCUAUUAAUCAUCCACAGCACAAGUGCACUGCAAAGAUGGUAUUGCUAGCCCGCUGUGAGGGACGCUGUAGUCAAACAUCACGCUCUGACCCACUUGUAUCCUUCAGCACAGUGUUAAAGCAGCCCUUUCGAUCCACGUGUCAUUGCUGCCGCCCACAAACGUCCAAGUUGAAGGCAAUCAGGCUCCGUUGCUCUGGAGGAGUCCGGCUGACCGCCACAUACCGCUAUAUUCUUUCCUGUCACUGUGAGGAAUGCAAUUCUUAGGGACACAUUUUACAAGACAACUGGAUUGGAUCAUUUCUAAACCUGAAGGACAAUCAUCGAAAUAUGUGAUAUAUUUUUAUUAAGUGUUAUUUUUGAGGUAAAAUUAUUAUAAAGUGACCCAAAUAAUGUCCUAAAUACAGAGAUGAUGUCACACAGUGUGGAAUGAGAAAUGAACAGUUUUCAUAUUUCAGAGGUUUUUCUGAGGAUCUGUUACUUUUUUGGCCCAGACCUUAUAUGUUCCAGUGUAUGGACGAUGGAUUACAGUAUGAUUAUUUUCUGUCACUCUUUUACAGAGUAUUCAAAUAUGUAUCUUUUCAAUCAGUUCAUUCCCAGUUUCAUUAUUGUUAGUAAAUACGGAUGAGUGAUGAAAAUUGAAUGGUAAGUUUAUUUGUUUGUUCAUUUGUACAGAACAAGCUAGCGUACAAUGAUAUACUGACAAAAACAAUAAAAUUAUUAUUUAAAGUA